GAACAGAGUCCCACACGACGGCGCGUCCCGGCAGUUGCAGCAAGCUUGCAGCCCCAUCAGCAAGUCAUAAGCCGCAGCGCCCGAUGCAGGCGACAUCGCACAACCUUAGCCGCAAGCGGAUUCGUGUGAAGUCAGCACUUAGCGAGCAUUAGGGCGCCCCGAAAAUGCCAAGCGCCACCCCGCAACCACAGCUCAAAAAGAAGGCCAGUCUCCGAGAUCGCCUGAGGGCAUGGCAAAAGCCGGGAGAGGCGCUCGAAACCGUCACGGACGAGCCGAAACAACGCUUCAUCUAUGAACCAAAACAUGCGGCCGCCGACUUUUCGCGGCUGGCGGUUUCGCCCGUAAGCCCAGUCCGGCCGCGAUUCGCUCCGCCAAUGCAGCCUCUGUGCGAGGAUGGCGUUCCCAUGUUCCACCAGGCAGGGCAAAGGAACCGCGAUGACGAUGGCCGGCCACCGAAAGAUGACAAGCCAACAAGACGGCUAUCACGACAUGGCAGCCAACACCACCACUCAUACGCGGUAGCAGAGGAUCCCUUCCAGGCGUCCAAUACGGCCGUGCACGUCCCAGUCAACAGUCGGCCUGUGGCAUGGACUCCUACCGCGCAGUCGGUCGAGCAGAGGACGCAGGAUCCGGCACCGUCCCAGCCCCUAUCUGACUACGAAUUAUUCAUAGCCCGCGCCGAGGCCGAAGACAGGGAGCGGCGCGAGCGGAUCCUGCGCAGCAUCUCGCAGCGGUCUGCCGCAUAUUCCGCGAGCCGAGUCAAGCCGGAUCCUCACCGGCAGUUCGCAAGCGCUGGCUCCUCGUCGGCAGGGAGGACGAGAGAUACCUCACAGCAGCGGAACAGCGGCAGCCGGUAUGUUCUCGGCAGCAGCGGAAACGGCGGCGAACAGAACAAGCAGCAAGAGCAGGCGGGGAAGGGACACGGGUGGCGGCCGAGCUGGGCGUCGAGCACCGCAACGGGCGGGAGCGGUCCGGAACGGGGUUUGGAGAAGGAGGAAGCACGACAUGUCCGGCCCCCACCCCGCGCCCGGGCACAGCAGCGCCGACCGAAGCCGGAGUCGGGCCCUGUUCAGCAGCCUCCGGUCGUGUAUGGCGUCGAUGAGAAGUUCGACCAGGCGCGUGAGUACCAGCCGCAGCAGACACGGACGCUGCGCAGACAGGCCAGUCUGACGAAACGGAUUGUGGAUUAUAUCCGACCGCCGAAAACUGCUGUUCGGCCGGUUGAAACGGUUGUUGAGUGAAGUCCCGGGCUUGUCUCCGCCUGGAUUAUGAGUGAUAAUGCAUGAUUCGAGGGUAGAUCAUCGGAUGAC